AUGGCAGCAGAUGACACCACCCAGAUCGAGCAACCAGACACGCCAGCGCCCGUCUUCGCCGCCCGAGCAUUGAAAAGCGCAAUCUUUGGCACUCCUGCCCGAGACGACGAUCGCGACCACCGUGCCGCAGGCAUGUCGCGUAACAGGAACGUUGACGACUCCGAAACCGAGUCGCGUACACCGGUGAAGCAGCCACAGGGCAUUUUGCUCACUCCCGGCACCGGUACCUCUCGACGAAAACGCGUCUCGUUUGGACACGAUGUUUUGGACAAAGGCGGCCUCAAGAAAGGCAAGGGAAAAGAUACGGAUGACAAGCCUGGAAAGUUCCCCAGCAGCUUCGAUAGCGCAGGCGACUCGGCAAGCAAACGGACGAAGCUCACCGAGGCAAUGGAGAACUCCCGCAAAGGGAAGGCGCUCAGCAGCUCGCGGGAGACGCAGCCACCCCAGCAGAUGCGUCUCCAACCUCAACCAGUGAGGAACGACGAUGCAGAAGACGAAUGGGAGGAGGCCGACGACGACCAAUGCACGCAUGACAUGACGAUUGAUCUUAAUGAGCCUCAUUCGCGGUCAGGAAAGUACUGGAAGUCGGAAUUCGAGCAGUAUCACCAGGACGCUAAAGCCGAGAUGGAGAAACUGCUCAAAUACAAGCAGCUGGCCAAGUCCUACGCCAAGCUGAAAGACGCCGAGGCUAUCGACCUGAAUGUGAAGCUCAAGGAAGAGCAGGACAGGGUGGCUCAGAUGGAGCAGAAGAUUGCCGAUAUGGCGGCGCAGAUAGCUGCAAAGCGCGUCAGCGGCGAAGAAAGAGACAAUCCUCAGCUUAUGAAGGACCUGGCGAAGCAGACUGCUGUUGCUGUCGAGUACAGGACCCAGGUCAAGGAGCUAGCGGCUCUGCUGGAGGGUCGCGACGAUGACGGAGACCCCCAUACGCGCAGACGACAGACAGCCUCUCCACGGACGCAGAGGACCCUUAUGGAGACGCAGCGUGAGUUGAGGAAAGCCAGGUCUCAGGUUAAGGAGAACAACCAGAUGAAGGAGGAAAUCGAGAAACUCAAGUCCGACCUGCUGUUUGCCGAGCAGCGAGCAAACAAGUUGGCCGAGGAGAACAAGCGUUUGGCCGAGCAACAGUCUCUCCCAAAUAAGACCAAGACAGCUUCAUCUGCCGAGUUGGAAGAGCUGGAAGAGUUGCGGGAAGAAUCACGCCAAAAAGAUGAAGAGUUGCGCCGAAUCAAAGCAGACUUUGAUGCCUACAGAAAGGACGCUGAAGCUGCGCAAGAGGAUACGAGACGCAUCCUCCAGAAAGCCACCGACAAGAUCAACGACCUGAAGAAGGAAGUGAAGACGCUCAAGGCGGCAGGGACUGUCGAUGGACACAAGCCCAAGACGUCCGUCAGCUCAUUGCCUGAGCGAGAGACUGUCGAGAAAGAGAGAGGGCAUCGCAACCAUGACAAAAACCGUUUCGAUGUUGCCCCCGUGCCGAUUCGUCGCACGUCGAAUGACACGAGCUCCAAGCGGCGGAGUCUCGAAAUUGUGGAAUCCCUAGGCAGGAAGCUCAAUCAGUCCAAGUCUCACAAUCUUCGAGACAAGUACCAUGAGGAUGCCGGCUCUUACUCAUCGGGAGAGGAAGACCUUGUCCAGGCGCGUCCCAAAUCCGAAAUCCUCUCCGGCAAGGUCACAUUGGACAAGCCUAGAUGGCGGCCAUUCAUUCCCAGGUCCCCUCGCAACAGAGCAUACCUCGGAUCCGAAAUCAACGAGCGAAUCGUCAGCUCAAGCGAAGUUCCCUCAGGCACCACACCCGCGCCCCGGCAUAGGUUUGCAUCCAAAGAGAACGACCCGCCCAUCGACCUGCUUCAAGACCGAUUUGCUCGACUUGGCAUGCCUGAAGCCGAUGCUAGCACCAUGGCAGCAAACACGUCAAAGAGCACCCUGCCACCAGAGCGGCGAGCCGCGGCCAUUGCACGAAUUGAACAAAGAAAGGCUGAGAAGAGGCGCGCCUUGGCAGGCCUGAAUAAGGAGAACAUGAGACCUUGA